GCCCCUGACUUUGUGGGGACAGCCAAUCAAGUCCGCUGCUCCGCUACGUUAGCACAGCUCGGGCCAAAACAACAGCCCGUGUCCCGUCGAGUACCUGCUUCCUGUUAGCCACGGAGCAACAAGACGCGUAGAAUGCCAAAUUAACCGACGGUGUUUGUUUCUUUGUUGAUGUUAUUAUUAAUUGGUGGCGUCUACCGCGAACGCCGAAGGAGGCAAAGUCAGCCACCGGAGCUGCUGCUAUCGCGACUUUAGCUGCCGAGCUUACCGUAGCUAACAUCGGCGGUCCAGCGGGGGAAGAUGGGCUCCAUCCUGAGUCGCAGAAUCGCUGGUGUUGAGGAUAUCGACAUCCAGGCCAACUCGGCCUAUCGAUUUCCACCCAAAUCUGGAAAUUAUUUUGCCAGCCACUUCUUCAUGGGAGGCGAGAAAUUCGACACACCACAUCCAGAGGGAUACCUUUUUGGAGAAAACAUGGACCUGAAUUUUCUUGGAAACAGGCCAGUACAGUUUCCCUAUGUGACGCCUGCACCCCACGAGCCUGUGAAGACCCUGCGGAGUCUGGUCAACAUUAGAAAGGACUCGUUGCGUCUGGUCAGGUACAAAGAUGACUCUGACACGCCAGUGGAAGAAGGUGGAAAACCAAAGGUUCAGUACGGAGUGGAGUUCACCUUUGAUGCCGAUGCUCGAGUGGCCAUCACCCUCUACUGCCAGGCAUUUGAAGAGUUCUCCAAUGGGAUGGCAAUUUAUAGCCCAAAGGAUCCAUCAAUGGCUUCUGAAACUGUGCAUUACAAGCGAGGCGUGAGCCAGCAGUUCUCCAUGCCGUCUUUCAAAAUAGAUUUCUGUGAGUGGAAAGAGGAAGACCUGAACUUUGACCUUGAUCGAGGGGUGUUUCCCAUUGUUAUCCAGGCUGUGGUGGAUGAAGGAGAUGAUUGCCUUGGACAUGCUCAUGUACUUCUGGCAGCCUUUGAAAGACACGUUGAUGGCAGUUUCUCCGUCAAGCCUCUGAAGCAGAAACAAAUUGUGGACCGUGUGAGCUACCUCUUACAGGAGAUUUACGGCAUUGAGAACAAAAACAAUCAAGAGACCAAGCCAUCUGAUGACGAGAACAGUGACAACAGCAACGAGUGUGUCGUGUGCCUGUCGGACCUCCGGGACACGCUCAUCCUGCCCUGCAGACAUCUGUGUCUCUGCAACUCCUGUGCAGACACACUCCGCUACCAGGCCAACAACUGUCCUAUCUGCAGGCUGCCCUUCAGAGCUCUCCUGCAGAUCAGAGCUGUGAGGAAAAAGCCCGGCGCUCUUUCUCCCGUGUCCUUCAGUCCUGUUCUGGCUCAGACUAUGGACCACGAGGAACACUCUAGCUCUGACUCGGUUCCUCCCGGCUUUGAGCCCAUCUCACUGUUGGAGGCUCUGAACGGUCUGAGGUCUGUGUCUCCUCCCAUCCCCUCUGCCCCGCUCUACGAUGAAAUCAAUUUCUCAGGGGGUCUGGGUGGUGAGGGCAGACAGCUGAGCUCCCCCGAGCAUUUGAGUGAUGGGAGUCUACAGAAAAGCAAAGUCAGCAAGUCGCCUGACAGCACCCUCAGGUCUCCAUCCUCUCCCAUCCAGGAGGAGGAUGAGGAGAAGCUGUCUGAGAUGUCUGAUGCUCAGCCUCACACGCUGCUCUCCAGCAGCCCCGCCCCCACAGACGCUACAGCAGCAGAGGAUGUGUCAGAGUCUCUUUCUCCAGAUGAUGAGGACAGGAUGCAUGCUGGGGCAGACAUCCUGCAGGACUGUGGCAGCGAGCACAGCUGCUUGACCAAAACCGAGAGCGACCCAGCAGGUGACCUGUCGCUGCCAGGAUCCUCGGAGUCGACUGAAAGCCUGAAAAGUCAGAGCACAAACUGCUCCAGCCAGCCUCUCCUGUGUCCCACGAGCAGCCUUCACAUGGAAGAUGAGCAUCUCGACCCCUGACUCUGAUCCGGACAUUCCCUCCCCCUUUAUCCACUCACCCAUAUUCAUCCGUCCACCAGAACAGGUUCAUGCUUCAAAAGAUUCACCCAGUCCUUCUGCUCCCUUCACACCCCGAGAGAGGAGCUGUUGAUUCCAUCACUGUAUCUGACACGAGCAGAAAAGACACAUUCUCAAAGAUGCUUUUCGUAUCUUAAUCUAUGACUGAAUUUUAAUGUUCAAGAUAUUUUUUAAAAAACAUUUCAUUAAUGGUUGUACGUCUUGGGGCAGAGUUGUGGUUUCGUAACGCGGAGUCCAGAGACAUUUCACUACCCGUCACGGUGCUGCUUAAAAGCAACACUUAACUUUAAAUUAACCCAGUAUUGAUUUCCUCAACACUUUAUUUACAAAUCUAUAAUUACACUCUGUUAAGUCGAAUAUAUGAAUGACUCCAGAAACUGUUUCCUCAGUCAGCUAAGCGUUGUUGGGUUUUUUCCCUGUUCUGACUGAGCAGAUUAAUUAUUAGCUUUGUGCGUUUGUUCAUUUGCAGUGAUUUUGCACUUGUUUAUAAUCCAUUCCCUCUAGAGCUGUCACUUUUUCCAGAAAAUCAAGUUUUAAGUGAAUAUUGCGUAACGCAGAUUUAUUGUAAGGGCUGGGUAAAAAAAAGGAUAUUUCCAAAUGAUAUGAUGCAAUAUCGCUUAACCUUAAAAGCCAUUUUCUGUAAACUCUCGUGGGACUUAAGUGUCCUUGAAAUCUCACGUGACUGCAAGCUGUUAGCUUUAACUGCAGAGCAAAGGGCGGGGGGCAUGGGAGGUAAAGUCAAGCUGUGCUCACAGCACCCUCUGCUGGACAACUUCUUACUUACAGUUCUUUCUUCAAACUGUCUGGUGCGCAUCUUGGCAGUACACAUUUUUUUCUCAAACUCAAAUGGGUUUUAAACGUUCAAAGUUUCAAUGAGAGUGGCAUUGAGUGGUCAUACUAAAUAAAAAUAGAACAUUUUUAAUGUAAACAAUAUUUUUAAUGAUGCACCAGCUUAAAGAGAUCCGGAUUUUGUAUAGAAUUGCAGCAUGAGUUUCUGUGAAAAUCUUCCUGAAAACCAAAAUAUGUCUAAAGAAUUUGGGUUUUGUUGGAGAUCAUAUCAAAUUGGGACCUUGUGAAUAAGAAUCCACUAUUAGAAUAGAGCUGCAAGUAUCAAUUAUUUUCAUAAUGUCGAUUAUUUUCUUGAUUAUUUGGUUUGUAAAAUAUUGAUCGUUGUUUCCUAAACCUCAAUGUGAAGAAGUUCUCAAAUGUCUUGUUUUGUCCACGAAUACAAAUGAUUCCAACUUAAUGAUUUUAUUUGUCAUAUGGAGCAAAGAAAUAUUUCACCAGCUAAACAAAAUUGAGAGCUUGGUUUAAUUAUUGAAAGCAACUUGAUUAAUCCAUUAUCAAACCAGUUGCUGAUUAAUUUAGUAGCCAAUUAAUAAUUGAUUAAUCAUUGCAGCUCAGUGUAGCACCUGAAAUACUUCUGCUUUGGUGUUGAGGUUUAGUUUAGUUUAGUUUACGUCCUCCACUGUCAAAGCAAAACAACUGUCUUGUUUUUCUGAGGGACCAAGAGAGGCAAUUAAAGAUGGAUCUAAGGCCAAGCUACGCUUUUAGGCGCUCUAUUUAGGAAUGUGGGAUAAAAAGUGACAGCCCUAGUUCCCUCAUCGUUAACAAAAGGUUUAUGAAGACAUGAGUCUGAGUUGUCUGCAGUCUUAAACAUCUAAUGUAUCAUAACUGUACUAGAGGAAAUCCUGAUAAUGAUGUAUAAUGGUGGUAGAUUCAGUAAACAUGCACAUUAUUUAAUUCUUCGUUGAUAAGAGCUACAGAUUCAAACCCCUCCGACAGCUGAACUCAAAGAUAGUUAGAGCCUGCAACAAGCAUAGAUGCUCCUCCAGCUACACGUGUGUGUGUGUUUGUGUGUGCUUGCGUGUGUGUGCGCUCAUCCAUCAGUGUUUAUGAUGGCAGAUCUCUGUACAGCCUUUUUUCCCCCGUGUCUGCUUAUGUGACGUAGCUGCAAAAAAAGUGGGUCAGGUGUCCGUUUGGCUGCAACGCCUUUACUUACCUUGGUCCUGUAUGUGUAGCGCCAUGCAUAUAUAGAUCUAUGUGCCUUUGACUUGAUAUGGCUCUGCCUGCUUGUUGCAUUUGGACAUUAGUGUUUUGAUAAUUACACAUGACAGAUUUCAGUUCUUUUUGAUUCUCAUGUACAGAUUAAUUUCCUUUUUUUUUUUAUUGCUACUGGAAAAAUGUAUCUUGCUAUUCAGCAAUAUAUAUAUAUAUAUUAUAAAUUAAACUUGUUUAUUUACUAUAUUAUGAUCAUUUAUCAAUAAUGCAUUUAAUCUUAGUAUUUAGGUUCAAGUGUGCAUUCUGAGAAGAAGGAAAAUCAACCAAUGCUCCAGAUGCAUUUUAAUGAUCAAAGUAGAAUCUGCAUGUGACUUAGUUGACAUCAACACAUCUCGCGGCUUUAAAGUAAUGUGGUUAUUAUGUUGUAAACACCUCCCCCUUCUCCUCCUCCUCCUCCUCCUCUUCUUCUUCUUCUGUGCCAUUUCAACUUGACACUGUGCCUUCCUGUUCUUGUUCUGACCACUGUUGACCUGGUAUCCAGGAAAACUCCACAGUAGGUGGUUUGUGGCUCUCUGUAAAAUCAAUACCAGUCUCUCCCCGUGUGUAUAGCAGCAUGUGUAUAACAAUAAAGAACAAAGACCCAGUACCACUCA